CUGAGGAUGAGAGACUCCAAAUAUUUACCACUUGGCUAACUAAAUAUCUUUAUUUCCAAACCGGGCUUCAUCCCUCGCUCUUGUACAUAUACAAGCUGUUUGACCACGCAUGAGUUUAGGUGGAAUUUGUCCGAAUCCAAGUGGAGUAUCUGAACGUCCACGACACGCUCAGAAAGUGGACAAAAUGUAUUCCUCUGCUGGAGUCACCGAGAUGCAGGAGGGACCCCGUUCCUCCGGGUCAACGGGCUCUGACCCCCCUGUUUUAGACCCGCCAUCCUCCCCAGUGCCAGAAUAUGUGUUCAAGCCACCAUCACGGCCAGACUUUGGCACCAUGGGCCGGACAAUCAAGCUCCAGGCCAACUUCUUCGAGAUGGAAAUCCCCAAACUGGAGGUCUACCAUUAUGACAUCGACAUCAAGCCUGAGAAAUGCCCCAGGAGGGUCAACCGUGAAAUAGUGGAGCACAUGGUCCAGCACUUUAAAACACAGAUCUUUGGUGAUCGAAAGCCAGUUUACGACGGGAGGAAGAAUCUCUACACUGCCAUGCCCUUACCCAUAGGCAGAGAAAAAGUGGAGCUUGAGGUAACCAUUCCUGGUGAAGGCAAAGACCGCAGCUUCAAAGUAUCAAUCAAGUGGGUGUCUUGCGUUAGCCUGCAAGCGCUGCACGAGGCUCUAGCGGGGCGGCUACCCAGCGUCCCCUUUGAGACCGUCCAAGCCUUGGAUGUUGUCAUGAGACAUUUGCCCUCUAUGAGGUAUACGCCAGUGGGCCGCUCUUUCUUCACGCCCUCAGAGGGAUGUUCGAACCCCCUCGGUGGUGGCAGAGAGGUGUGGUUUGGCUUCCACCAGUCGGUCAGGCCUUCCCUCUGGAAGAUGAUGCUCAACAUCGACGUUUCUGCCACUGCGUUCUACAAAGCCCAGCCUGUUAUCGAGUUCAUGUGUGAGGUCUUGGAUUUUAAAAGCAUUGAAGAACAACAGAAGCCCUUAACAGACUCCCAAAGAGUGAAAUUCACUAAGGAAAUCAAAGGCCUGAAAGUGGAGAUCACUCACUGUGGGCAGAUGAAGAGGAAGUACAGAGUGUGCAACGUGACCAGAAGACCAGCCAGCCACCAGACGUUCCCCCUACAGCAGGAGAACGGCCAAACUAUUGAAUGCACCGUAGCACAGUACUUCAAAGACAAGUACAAGCUCAUCCUGAGAUACCCCCACCUCCCAUGUCUACAGGUGGGGCAGGAGCAGAAGCACACCUACCUACCUCUGGAGGUGUGUAACAUAGUGGCUGGACAGCGCUGCAUCAAAAAGCUGACCGACAAUCAGACCUCCACGAUGAUCCGUGCCACAGCCCGAUCGGCACCUGACCGUCAGGACGAGAUUAGUAAAUUGAUGAGAAGUGCCAACUUCAACACUGACCCGUACGUUCGUGAGUUUGGAGUGAUGGUGAGGGAUGAGAUGACCGAAGUGAAUGGCCGUGUCUUACAAGCACCGUCCAUUCUGUACGGAGGCAGGAACAAAGCAAUAGCCACACCAAUCCAGGGAGUAUGGGACAUGAGGAACAAGCAGUUCCACACUGGCAUUGAGAUCAAAGUGUGGGCCAUCGCCUGCUUCGCACCACAGAGGCAGUGUACGGAACUCCUGCUCAAAGCGUUCACAGAUCAACUGAGGAAGAUUUCUAGAGAUGCAGGGAUGCCCAUCCAGGGUCAGCCUUGCUUCUGUAAGUACGCCCAGGGAGCGGACAGCGUGGAGCCCAUGUUCAGGCACCUCAAGUACACCUACCAGGGCCUCCAGCUGGUGGUCGUCAUUCUGCCGGGGAAGACACCCGUCUACGCUGAGGUGAAGCGUGUCGGGGACACGGUGCUUGGCAUGGCCACGCAGUGUGUGCAGGUGAAGAAUGUUCAGAAGACAACGCCUCAGACACUCUCCAACCUCUGUCUGAAGAUCAACGUCAAGCUGGGCGGCGUCAACAACAUCCUCCUCCCGCAGGGCAGGCCGUUGGUCUUCCAGCAGCCGGUGAUCUUCCUCGGUGCUGAUGUGACUCAUCCUCCAGCAGGAGAUGGAAAAAAGCCGUCCAUUGCUGCUGUCGUUGGUAGCAUGGAUGCUCAUCCCAGCAGAUACUGUGCCACAGUGCGGGUGCAGCAGCACAGGCAGGACAUCAUCCAGGACCUGGCCACCAUGGUGAGGGAGCUGCUCAUCCAGUUCUACAAGUCCACUCGCUUCAAGCCCACCAGAAUCAUCUACUACCGGGACGGCAUCUCCGAGGGCCAGUUCAACCAGAUGCAGGUCCUUCAGCACGAGCUGCUGGCGAUCCGUGAGGCCUGCAUAAAACUAGAGAAGGACUACCAGCCGGGUAUCACCUUUGUGGUCGUGCAGAAGAGACACCACACAAGACUGUUCUGUAUGGACAGAAACGAGAGGGUUGGGAAGAGUGGCAACAUUCCUGCAGGCACCACAGUGGACACCAAAAUCACUCACCCCUCAGAAUUUGACUUCUACCUUUGCAGUCACGCUGGCAUUCAGGGGACCAGCAGGCCGUCUCAUUACCAUGUGCUCUGGGACGACAACCACUUCACUUCAGAUGAACUGCAGGUCCUCACCUAUCAGCUCUGCCACACCUACGUUCGCUGCACCCGGUCCGUUUCCAUCCCAGCACCAGCUUACUACGCCCACUUGGUGGCCUUCCGGGCUCGCUAUCACUUGGUGGACAAAGAGCAUGACAGUGCCGAGGGCAGUCAUACAUCAGGCCAGAGUAACGGGCGGGACCAACAGGCCUUGGCCAAGGCCGUGCAGAUCCACCAGGACACCCUGCGCACCAUGUACUUUGCCUAAGAGCACAGGUUGGCGUGGGUCAGACCCCACUGAUAGAGCACACACGCCCUCACUGUCAGCUGCAGAUGGCGUCACAGAGUCGGCUACCUACUCACAGGCCUGUCGGUUACCCAUAUGUCUACAAUUGUACUUCAGCCCCUGACCCAAACAAAUCAAGCCAGCUAUUAGACUGUAAGAUGCAAAAAAGAAAAUCCCUAUUUAUUGGGGUUUGUGCUGGAAGACGUUUUAUUUACAUGUCAUGUGCAUUCGUGUGCGUUUGUAUUUGUUAUCAGGAAAUAUGUUGCAAAGAAUGAAAGGAAAAAGUUUGGACGUUUAGAAGACAAAUUCUAAUCUAGUGGGCAGUAUCGUUAUAUGUGAGGGUGAUUUCUAAGUCAGAAGAAACCGAUUACCCUCCUCCUCCUGUUUGCAUUGUUUAUAAGGCUCUGGGUCCUGCAUGGGAGAAAGAUCAAGAUCAUCACAAGAUCCGGGGGCCUGUUCUCUCUUUAUCUGCCUAAAGAUUUGACCCUCCGACAAACAUUAUUAUUUAUCCGCCAAUCAAAGCAAAGUGCACUGACCAGAGUGUGUCAUUCAAUCAGUACAAAAAGUACUUAGUUUAUUGAGGCUUGUGUGUGUGAUUUUUCACAUAGGGCACUAUGUGAUGAAAAGUGCCAUUUGAGACCACCUUUCUGUUGGCCUGUCUGUGUGCAACGAUGAAUCUGACCCACAUUUGCUGGUUUUUCAGUAUUUGUCCUCGAGUGACACUGAAGCCCAUUUUAUGCCAGAUCUGCUGACAAUUUACAAAAGGAUUCUUUGCAUCAGAUUUGUGAUCAACCCUUGAACCAACACUUACUUCAUUACAGAGGUGGGCUGUCAAUGUUCAGAUUAAGAUGCAGAGAACACCCAGUGCGUCCUCCUCUUCCUCUUUUUAGUCAGUAACCCUAUUCCCAUGCCGAGACGUAGUGUACUGGGACCGGUUCCCAACAAGGACACCUUUCUAAUGUAGUCUGAGCCGUGUUGAUGAGACCCAUCAUUUAGAAAUCAACAUAGUGAUGAACUCCUUUUUUUGUUGUUGGUUCCUUUCUGUUAUAUAGUCUAAUUUAAUUUCAAUCAGUUUUGUAAUGGAUAUGCAUGUAGCUGACUCGUUCUUUAUUUUUUAGACAUUUGUGAUAAUAGUUUCUUUCUUAGUUUUUACACAUUAACCCUACUUCUAUGUUUUAAUGUAUAUAGCAGCAGGAUGGUGUUUUCUGCAGUGUCUUUGUCAGGGCGGGGUAUUUGUGUGGCGUCUCGAUGUCGAGGCAUUCGGUACAGAGGAGGAACAGCUGCACCGUUUCAGAGUUUAACUGAUUGAAAUUCCCUUAAAAAUAACAACUAACAACGAGGGUUUGCUCCAUGAAUUGGGAGCAGUUGUCGCACAAAAGCUUGGGUUUUAUGCAAAUGAAUUUUUGUGAGUCUUUAUACUAUAUAGUGAUGUUGGUUAUGAGGUAUAUUUUGAAUAAGCUUUCAGUGGAGACGGCUGAAAAUAUUAUCGUUGUUUGUUUUUCUUUUAAUGACUGGCCCACAUGUAGUCUAAAUUAACACUGUCUAUUUGUAUACAGAUUUAAAUGCAAAAAUGAUCUUGCCUUCUAAGACUUUUACAGUCUUACUAAUAAUUCUAAACAUUUCCUAACAUCCCAUCUGAGUUUUACUAAGUUAAGCUAGCGAGUGUUCAUAUCGUCUUGAUUGGAGGCGAGUAGUCUAUAUUUUCUAUCUGUAUCAUUUUUAACCCAGAGAUUGAACAGUGGGAAAUCUCACAUCAAUUAGGGUCAUUUAUAGAGGUAGAUAAUCAGGUUUCUGUUAUUUAAUUAUUUUUUUUACAUGUUGCAUUUAGUAGCGUUUCUUAGUGCUUAUCAGCAUCUUCAUGCCUUUCUAACCGGAUGAAGAGUUUGUGGUCAUUUGUAACAUUGUAGAUUUUAUAGCCUAAAUAUUUUGUGUAUCCUUUGUAACACAAUCUUUCUCAGCCAAACAAGAUUACAAACUUUUACAUUAUUAACAUUCAAGAGACAUUGAAGCACAAACGGCCAUCUUCAUUCUAGGUGCUAGAAGUUGUCACUGUAAGCCACCUUAACUCCUCACUGGUCAACAAGGCUUUUUAACUUGUACGCUAAAAAAGAAAAGAUGCUUCGUCCUUUUGAGGAUCUUUUUCUCUCCCCUUGACGACCUCUCUGUGUUACUCUUUUUACUCACUACCUGUAAAGCAACUAGAAAGCCGACUGACUGUGUUUGUGGGGCAUUCUGAAAAUCAUGUUCUUGAUAUUUACUGUUAUGAUGUCAAUAUUGUUCUUAUCGGUGCUGGUCUCGCAACAUGUAAAUUUGGAUGCACUUUUGAUCGCAGAACGUUGGUAUGACUUCUAUAGAUGUGUGUUCCUCACAUGAAGCAGGAGGCUCGGCCAUAUGGCGUGACACCGGUGUAAUUGUAUGGAAAUGGCCGUGUGUUCUACCUCUUGUUACCUGUUCAAGUGUUAUGGUAACAUCACACUGCUGGCCAUUUCUGUAUAAUUACCCCUGCUAUCUAUCUAAUUGGCAUUGUUUGAGUCUUGCAUUGACAUUAGAGGUUUUAAACGUUUGGUGUGCAUGAUGCUACCCGCGCUUUCUCGGUUUAUGUCGUUUUGUGAUAUUUCAUUUCAUAUUUUACUCAAAUUGAUGAGUUUUUUUAGUUUUUUUAGGGGUUUUGAGCAUUGAGCUGUAUGACCAAAUUCCUGCAGUGUGUUUGUAUUCACACACAACUUUCCCUUUCUUUUCUUUUUAUUCUAUGCACCAGUGGAAUGAGACUUUCUUUGGACACCUUGAUUUUUCCACCUGAGCAGUACAACAACAAAUACAAAGCCCACAUCGGAUAUGAUCAUUACAUAUCCUGGAGUUGGAGGAUUUGUAAAUGUGCUGUUAGACUGUUUAAGUUGCAAACUGACAACAAAAAUGGAGAGAAUGGCUCCUUCAGCCUGAAAAAAGUCGAACAUGUCUAAAAAUCCAUGUGAUAUUUUCUUUUACGUCAUCUUAUUCCGGAAGGCCUCUGACCAUUUACAGUUCAUCACACAGCUUAUUUGUAGCAUCGUGACAUCACGCACCGUGUGACGUCUUUCGGUGCGAGUGUGAGCUUCCGUUGCAUUCUAUGGAGGCCGGUGGAGGCGGAGCCCCGUGGUGGUCUGUUUGGACAUGUGGAUGUCAUGUUGUGGAGAGCGUGGGAAAGUGAACGGCUGUCUGAGAUGAUGGUGUGCGGAAAUUUAAAAAAUCCAGUUGUCUUUUAUUAGGGAGACGGCUUUGUCCUUGUAGUUCCCGCUCUGUCGUGUUUUACAUUAACUAUACCAGCACCUUAACAUAGCGGAUCAGAACGGCGUUGCUUUUCCUGGAGAUAAAACUCAAAACAUUUGACAAUGUUGUUUUUGCACUAAACAAGAGUACACUUUGGUAGCUGCCGCAGCAGUGAGAGGGGUUGUCAGACGGCUUCGACAAGAGGCACGAGCCGACCGGCUUGAGAGGCUCGGCGUUCGUAAAGCCUGCAGAGCGAGAGGGGUUCUACCAAGCUAACCAGCAUGCAGCCUGUCGUCUUUGAGAAAUGUUGCCUUUUUAAAUGUAAACGACAGAGUGAAGUCUGGUGGCGACGGUGGAUGGCCUUUGUCCAGUGAUGCUGGCGGAAGGUGCUUUAUGCAAAAGAAACUGACGGGUGUUGAAAAGAGCCGAUCAGCUACGAUCCGUAAGACGUCUGUCGAGGCGAGGAUGCCAAAGUGCCGUGAGAGGAAGACGUGCGCGUGAAGGGUUGACGGUCAGUCUUUGUUCGAGGUUACCAAGUAAACAUAAUGCUUAACGUCAGGCGUGUUCAUGUGUCAGACUCCACCGGAGACUAUACAUAUCAAGAUUCAGAAGAGGCUUUUCCUUUUCUUUUUUUUUUACAUAAAUCUGCUUGAUCAUGAUGAGCUAAAUCCAGACUAUGUAUGAACAAAUAAAUGAAUACAGCAGCCUGGAUGAAUGUGGCGCUGCUCUCCAAGUGUAAUGGUGCCCGAGGUGCUUCAGGUGGGCAUUCAAAAUGUCUGCGGUGGCCCUAAUGACUUGACUGCCCCUCAGCGAGGCUGUCGAUCCGUAUCGUUGAAUGUCCAAAGCUAGGACAAGGCAGGCUGUCGAAAUGGCUGGUUUGUAAACUAAAUUGCAUAUCAUCAUAAGCUAAUGUAAGUGUUUAUUUUAUUUUCCCAAUGACAUUUUCUUUGUUUUUUGUUCAUAUGUCGGGUUGAAAGAAGCUGAGAUGGAUUUACUCCAAGUGUAACGAUCAGCCGUUGGCCUUUUUUUUUUUCCUUCUCUCUUUUGAAUGGCCCUGGAAUAAAAUAACGCCUGACUUCCAAUGAAGCAACAACCUAUAAAAGAGUUUAUUCCAAAUCAUAACCCUGUUCAGUCCCGUCUCCUCUUUGCCUCUCAUCCGUCUCUUGUAGAGAAACUAUUGCUGACAUAAAGAAACCUCUUGUAGAGUAGAACCUAUUUUCCUAGCUCCAAAUAAUAACAAUGAAUGUACUUGGAGCCUGCGUGGUUUGUAAUAUUAAGGCUAUCCAUCCAGUACAUUUAUACUAUAUAUGUUUGCUUCUUGUGUACAGCCAUUUAUGUGUGUUAUUGUCCUCUUAUUUAUAGGCUUUUAAUAAUUGCAGAAAGUAUUAUGUUUUCUUCUUUCAUAUUUCAUUGAUUUUAGAUAUCACCCACAUUACAGCUGAUAUCGUUUCGAUUACCAGGAGCGAUACGAGUCCACCGUGGAGCUGUCUUUCCUCUGGAGGUUUGCUACUGUAGUUUUAGGAGACAAGCGUUCUACACUGUUGCAAAGACGAGUCAUCUUCUCUGUUUCUGGCGCCAUGCUUGUUUGACUUGCUGUAACAUAAGAGGUGUGUGUGUGUGUGUGUGUGUAUAUAUGAUGGUUGCUUUGGUGUGUGUGAUAUUGUUUGCCGUUAGAUGUGUGGCUUCUGCCAAAGCCCUCUGGCCUGAUAUUCCUGUGCUGUAAAAUCCUCCCAGAGUUCAGCUCACUAACUCCUUCGCGCAGGGACACUUGAAAGCGAAGAAGCUGAGCUUUUUGUUUGAGUGUUGCUUGUGUUCCUUUUUGGUGACUGCAUUGCUACACCGAUGCUUUUUUUCUCUUCCAGUUUUUAAAAAAAGCACAGUUUAUGAUUUGCUUGGCAGUCGCCUUGGCUUCAGCGAGCGUCCUUCUCCUCGAUCACUUUGUCCUUGCCGGUCUUUAUCACGCCAACGCCCACCCAGUUACCUGGAGCCAUGUGACGUGUGUGUGUCAACAAAGUCUUUCCAGUUAAAGUUUGCCUGUUUUUUUCAUAUAUUUUUUUUUAGCUCCACGUCUAAAGUAUUGAGCACAAAUAGAAAUGGGCUCCUGGCAGACCUGAGGAAAGAGCCACCAUUCCCUAAUGCUCCCCGGAUGCAGCUCCAUCGCAUUUUGGUUCUCACGUCCGGUCUUAGUUUUGGUUUCAAUGUUCUCUGGAGGUGUUUUAAGAAGCGUCUUUAGACACAUAUAUAUAUAUAUUGUAAUUAUCUAGCCAGUGAAGACUUUUCUUUUUGUGCCACUCGUAUAUCAAGUUGUUACUUACCCAGUUAAACAUCACAUCUACUUCAUGGAUUGGAACUUUGUUAUUAAUAUUCAUCGUUUCCAAACUAUGAAUCCUAAUUUAAACCCGUAACUUCAUCUAUAGUCACCAUCGGGUCAACAUGUUAAUGUGUCCAAUACUUUGCUUUAUGAGCAGACGCCUACCAAACGAAGGCCUUUCCCAUGAGCCUCAGCUGUACGAAGUAGUCAGUGCCAAUAAGCCAGAGGAAGCAUGACACGCCAGCUAAAGUUAGCAUGCUUAACACACUAAAAGGUGACGUUGGUACAACAGUAUACCAGUUAAGCGUCAGCGUUAUUCUUGUGAGGUCAUUAUUAUGCCAAUGUGCAUUUAUCUCAGCGUACAGCUGGGCUUCAGCUCCCCUCACUGAGCGGCUGACUGGCCGAUCUGUUCAUGUUUCAGUCUCAUCGUCAACAUAAACGCUCAUGAGGCCAAUGUGUCUGUGGCAUUCCUCCUUAUCAUCAUCAGUUGUACGUUCAGGACAAUUGUCAGUGUCUAUAGAUAGAUAACUAUAUAUAUAUAUGCGCAGAAAUCUGGCGUGAAUAGGAACCAAUAAGCUCUGGCAGCUGCGACGGAGCCAGAAUGCGUCUUCAGCUGUGUCCGGUUUUCGUAGUAAAUCUGACCUUUACCAAACAUCACCUUUCCAACCAAUGCCAUCCAACUGAUCUCCAUGCAUCUAAUCAUGCACGACUCGUGGGUAUUUUUGUAUUUUCAAAGCAUUUCUACUUGGGUUUUUAUUUACCAACGUGGGGAGAAGGAAGAAAAAAAAACUACCUCAAAGCAGUGUCAGGUGCUAGCUAAUAUUAGCCCUCAUUUCUAAUAACGGAAUACAAAAAUCGUUGUGACCAAACCAAUACAAGCCAAUCUCAGAGGAGAGCAUUGUUCUUUUCUUUAACCUUUAUUAAUUGGAAAACCAAGUGAUCAUGUACGACUGGUUGGUUGCUUUAGUUGGUUACAUUUUGGGGGACCAAAUAUUAUGUAAUUGGAGUCUCGUUGUUUCAUGCGAGUCCUUCAUUUAAUUUGUUUAUUUUUAAACAAUGGCGACAAAAACCAACCCAGCACAACCGAGAACACAUUAUGACAAUGUGUUGAUAUUCCAGCCGACUGUCGGGGGGGGGGGGGGGGGACCGGUUCCACUAGUGUGUCCUCGGUGCAGGUUGAAGGCGACGCUCGACACCCACUUUCAACUUUUUAGUUCGCAAAACAAUACUUUGCAAACGGGUAAUAGUCUCAAUAUUAGGAAGCAGCUUUUCUGUUUUUUUUUAUUUUUACUGGAAUGCCGAGUUCUUCCGUGUUCCUCCUGGAUAGAGCCACUCGGCCGCGUUAACCCCGUACUGCAAUAAAGCCACGGCGGCGGUCCCGGUCGCCUACUUCAUUUCCGUUGUUCCUACGAUUAGCCAGACUCCACAGCAUGUUUUUAUUUUUUUUAAGCUUAUGAAAUGUAGUUUUUGCAUGCAACAAUUAAAGGGAAUAUACUCAUUUAAAAAUAAAAUGCUUUGUAUGUAAACGUCAACGAAAGGUACAUAUGAGGCUGUGUAGCAAUUAACUACAGAUUGUUGUAACUUAGUCUGAACUGAAAACAUCCCGUGUGUGUGUGUGUGCGUGCGUGUGCCUUUUUGUCGGAUCUCUUCUCCAUUUGCCCCAACAUUGGGUUAAUUUGAGUCUUUUAUUUUCAACAUAAAGGUUUGACGAAAUCUUCUGCGCCACAUGUAAAAAAUAAUUUCCAUUUUUGCUCAUGCAACCUUGCGUGUUCGAUGCUGCAUAGAACGAUCAGUAUUUGUGUUUUGCACUUUCAAAGCAGUCGCAAAAAGAAAUCGCCCACUUGAGGUUGGGCAGAAAGUAAAAAAAGAAAUAAAUAACUGACGAGGUAUUUUAUGCUAUCAAUAGGAAUUAUACGGAAUAAUAUGACUUUGAAGAGCUUUUCUAAAAAGGUUGAUAUAUCUAUAUAUUCAUGAAGUACCUCAUAAGCCUGAUAUAUGCUGCAUUGACUUCUUCUUUUUUCGUAGUGUACUUCAUAUUGUCCAAUACAUUUUGUUCCCCCUUUUGGGAGGUUUGAAUGUCACUGCCGGCUGUGCACCCGUCAACCUGACCGAGCUCCGUCACAACAAAGGAGUCCGUUACCCUCCGGGGCCAAAAAGUGUCAUUUAUGCAAUUCUUACACACAUCUCCACAGGAUAUUUUUCACUCGCCACGUCAUAUUUCUGUGCUCUUGUCUUUCUGUUACAUAUAUAUAUAUAUGUAUAUAUGUAUUUGUAUAUAUAUAUAUAUAUAUUCGAUGUAGCCCAAUCAAAAUCGGAUUUAGUUGACGCUCACGAAGCAUCCUGCAAGGCUCUGUGGUCGAACACGACUUUUGACUCAGGUAUCGUCGUGAAAGGGCUGUAUCUGCUUCCUGUGUCCUCGUCCCUUACCCCCCCCCCCCCCCCCACACACACACACACCUCCUGCACCGCUGUCUUAAAAUAGCCUUAGAACUACACGUGAGGUUCCUAUUUGGCCUUAAAGUUGAACAAAUUAUGCACUUCAAUUACAACGACUUGACAGAGAGCUUGAUUCCCGUUUCCGACCCACGUCCCGCGUCUCAUCGCCGCGUUAUCUACCUCCUAUGAAUGUAGGGGCGGUCCUGGAGUUGGAGUCGACUCAUUUAAGGAAAACAGACAAUCAUCUGGAGUUUGUUGAAAAUAAAUAUGAAACGUAUUCCUCUCUUAAUUCAUACAUAAAACGGAUUCCAGGACGCUCCAGUUUUUUUUUACCCCUCUUUGGCCAUUAUUAUUUUAUACAUUGUCCUCUCCCCCCUGUGAGCCAUGAUGGAGAAGCAAAGUGACCAAAGUCUCUGGGCUCAGGCCGCCCUGCACAGCCCGGUGAUUUCAAACCUCCCUUCAUUUGUCUCGUUUUGAGCCGUUUCUUUUCCCCUCUUUCUCUCUUCUCCCUUAUUUAAACCACGACAUGCCAAAACUGAAUUUGCUGUCAUUCCUGUUCUGGUGAGGGUCUUUAUGUUGCUGAUUUUAAAUUGUUCACAUCCACUGCUAAGCUCCUCGUUUCUUGUUGUUGUAAAAGUGUAAGCUUUGAUUUCUAUUUUACAUUUGUUUAUUUUUGUUAACAAUAAUGCUUACAGAACACAAGAUAUGCUGUAAACCCCGUUAGGACAUAAUGUGAAUACGUAUCACUUAAUAUAGUUCACUCUUUGGCUUGACUGUAAGUUGCGUUAAUUAAUAAAAAUGUUUAAGUUUU